AUGGCGCUCCCCCCACGCGGUGGUCCUCCCAGCGAGGAUCUCUUCGUCACCGGUCUUCCGAUGGACUGCACGGCCGUCCAAGCCAAACAGAUCUUCCAACAGUACGGCGGUGUGAAGCAGGCGAACGUUCUGCCGGUGGCCGCUGGCAAGACAGCAGCAGCCGCAUUCGUUAUCAUGAACUCGGUGGAAGAUGCAAAGUGGGUCAUAGACAAUGUCAACGGCAAUGUCCCACAAGGCUUGUCGAACCCAGUCACGGUGUCAUUUGCAACUCCGCGGACGCAGCGUCCCGCUGGCGGCAAGGGUAUGAAAGGUGAUGGGACGGGUAUGCCGCCGGAGAUGAUGAAAAUGAUGGCCAUGUUGAUGUCGGCCAUGGGCGGUAAGGGCGGAGGUUCGGGGGAUGCCUGGGGAAGCGAAAGCGGAGGAGGAGGCAAAGGAAGUGCUUGGGGUGGUGCGAGCGGAGGUGGCUGGGAAAAAGGUGCCGGUGGUUGGGGGGGAGCUGGCGGUGGUUGGGGUGGCGAUGGUGGCUGGGGGAGCGGCGGCGGCUACGGCAAAGGCUACGACCAGUACAAAGGUGGUGGAAAGGGAUGGGGUGGAGGAAUGUGGUGA